CCCCCCCACACCCGGCCCAAGCCAGCCGAUUCCGGGCCGGGAUCCGGGGUGGCGCCGCUCGCUCGCCGCGGUGACCAACCCCCGCCCCAGCGGCCGAACCACCCCCUUCCAGGCCGGAUCUCCUCCCCGCGUCGGCUUCUGGCGAAUCCAGGCGCCCUCCCCGCGGCCACCAGGGAUGCGGUACAUCAGCACUCGGGGAAUGGCCCCCCGGGUCGACUUUGAGGGAGCCCUCUUCUCUGGCUAUGCUCCUGAUGGGGGUCUCUUCAUGCCCGAGGAGCUCCCCCAGCUGAGCACAGAGACCCUGCGUCAGUGGAGUACGCUGUCCUACCCCGGCCUGGUAAAGGAGCUGUGCACCCUCUUCAUCGGCCCUGAGCUCAUUCCAAGAGAUGUCUUAAAUGGUCUGAUCGACCAAGCCUUCAGCAGAUUCCGCCACAGAGAAGUGGUCCGUCUGUCCAGGUUGAGGAAUGGGCUGAAUGUGUUGGAGCUGUGGCAUGGCAUCACAUAUGCAUUUAAGGACCUGUCCCUGUGCUGUACAGCACAGUUCCUGCAAUACUUCCUGGAGAAGAAGGAGAAGCACGUCACUGUGGUCGUAGGAACGUCUGGGGACACAGGGAGUGCUGCCAUUGAGAGUGUUCAAGGGGCAAAGAACAUGGACAUCAUCGUUCUGCUGCCCAAGGGCCACUGCACGAAGAUUCAAGAGCUCCAGAUGACAACAGUGUUGAGGGAGAACGUCCAUGUGUUUGGAGUGGAGGGCAACAGCGAUGAGCUCGAUGAGCCGAUCAAAGCUGUGUUUGCUGACGUGGCUUUUGUCAAGAAGCACAACCUGAUGAGCCUGAAUUCAAUCAACUGGUCCCGGGUCCUCGUGCAAAUGGCCCACCACUUCUUCGCUUAUUUCCAGUGCGUGCCAUCCUUAGACAUGGACCCCCUGCCCCGCGUGGAGGUGGUUGUACCGACAGGGGCUGCAGGUAACCUUGCAGCGGGGUGCAUUGCUCAGAAGAUGGGCCUGCCUAUCCGCCUUGUCGUGGCAGUGAACCGCAAUGACAUCAUCCACAGGACUGUCCAGCAGGGCGACUUCUCUCUUUCUGAGGCCGUUGAACAGACCUUGGCAUCAGCAAUGGACAUUCAGGUGCCCUACAACAUGGAGAGAAUCUUCUGGCUGCUCUCUGGCUCCAACAGUCAGGUGACAAGAGCCCUCAUGGAGCAGUUUGAAAGGACCCAAAGCGUGAGCCUACCCAAGGAACUGCAUAGCAAGCUUUCAGGGGCAGUGACGUCUGAGUCAGUGUCGGAUGAGGCCAUCACCCAGACCAUGGCUCGCUGUUGGGAAGAGAACAAGUACUUGCUGUGCCCUCACUCGGCCGUGGCCGUGAGUUACCAUUACCAACAGACAGAGCAGCAGCCGCCCAGCCUUCCCCGGUGUUGUCUGGCCCCUGCCUCUGCAGCCAAGUUCCCAGAAGCUGUCCUGGCUGCCGGGCUGACCCCAGAGACCCCUGCGGAGAUCCUAGCCCUGGAGAGCAAGGGGACACGCUGCACCCCGAUGCGGAAGGGUGACGACUGGACGCUGAUGCUUCGGAACACCAUUGAGGACAUAAGCUGCCAGCAGAGGGGUCACUUCCUGAAUGCUCUGGAGUAGCCAGGCUGGAUUUGACUUCCUUUAGGCUCCAGACCGCAGGGAGGCAUGCCCUCUAAACUGCUUUGCACACCUUCUCGUUAAGAGUUGGUGUAGUUGGUUCUCAGGAGGUUGCUCAGCAUGGUCUGGGGACCAGCUGGCUUUGCUGUGUUCUGGAGCAGCUCUGUGUCCUCAUCGUGGUGGUGGUGUGCCUGCUUACUGGAGAUGCUGGCUGGGGAUGUGUGUGUGUGACGGGGUGUUCCGGAUGGUGCAGGAGCGUCACUGCUGCGGCAUGCCCGCUAACCGUGCCAUGGUUCUCAAAGUGUGGCCCUUGGGUCUCCUCAAAAUGCACACUGCCGGCCCCUACCCCCUACCUUCUCAGGCAGAUCUCUUGGGGGGGGGGGGGGGAGGGACGUCUGCAGUUCUUACGAAUUCCCUGAGUAAGUCCUCUGUGCACUCCAAUUUGGGAAGCCCGAGCUGGGGAGUUUAGGUUGAUAUGUAAUUUCUUAUUUAUCCAUUUUGAGGUGUACUUUCUUUUCACGAGGGCAUGCUUUAUUGCUUCUACUGUUUUCACGAUCUAGCCCUGCCCUGUCGGACUCAGUAGCCGCCAGCCAUAUGGUCUCUGAGCACUUGAAAUGUGACUAGUAUGGCUAACACACUGAAUUUUUCAUUUUUUAAAAUUUUAAUUGAUUUACAUUUAAAUGUCUUGACUUCUUACAUUACUUGAUUCAGUUAUUUAAAAAAAUUUUAAGUGUGGUUAGAAAAAUGCAAGUAUGUGAAUCAGCUUUUUCAGCUGUCAAUUUUAUGAAGUCUAAAUACAGGUAAGUAUGUCCAAUGAAAAUUUAGUGUUCUAAUUGAGAAAGACCGUAAGUGCAAAAUAUAUAUUGGAUUUCAAAGACGUCAAACGAAAAAAUCAGAAGUACCUCGGGAAUAAUUUUACACUGACCACAUGUUGAAAGGAUAAUAUUUUGACGUAUUGGGUUAAAUAAAAUAGAUCGUCAAAAUUA